UGCAUACCGGAAAUGUCGUGGAGCGGGAAAUUAAAAGUUCGUGGACGGUUGUGUCAAAUUGCGUUGCAUUUCAUACUUAUUCUUACUCAGGGGCGAUGUAAUCGGCAACGGUGAGCUUCUGAGCUUCUGUGUGUCUUCCACAGAAACGGAUGUAGGUAACCGUCAGUAGGGACAUACGCUUGCUUCCGUAAACAAACGGUCCUACCCUUCUGCACCGAAACGUUAACGUUACCCGAAAAUAUAGUAGGUGGACUUUAGUUUGACAGAAUGGGGGAUGGCAAUCUUGUGAAGGAAUUGAAGAGAUGGGCAACCAAUGAGUUUAAUUUACCUUCACAGAGCCUUCCUAAUGACGGCUAUUUCAAGACUCUCUGUGUGGGGUCAGGCGCAUCCAUCUGGAAAUAUAUGGUCCAACAUGUAUAUCAACAGAGGAAUGUCCGGAUCAUGCGUGGCAAUCUUCAAUGGUACAAAGUGCUUCAAGACAAGGAGCUGAAGCAGGUGGAGGGCCAGAGUGAUUCUGCUAAGCGGCGAGAGCUCCAGGAACAGAUAGAGCAGCUGAAAGCGGACCUCGGACACCUGGACUCUCAGAUCAGCGCCACUGAAGAGCAGCUUGCCACAGAGGAGCGGUCUAUCGUCCGUACCUGGGUCCAGGUGGAGGAGGCAAAUCUCAGGGAGCUGCUGCUGCAGGCCUUCAGGCGGCGCUGCUCCGGGAACCGGCAGACUCUGACCCAAGACGUCCUCAAGAUCAGCAGACACAGCAAGACCCUGGAGCAGUUGGCCAGGAAGGCUGAGGUUGAAGUGUUGUUUGGGAGUGACUCAUCAAACAAGCGUGCAGACCAACAUGGGUCCAACAUUACAGCGGAGGCCCAAGUCCUGCGGGAUGUUAGAGAGCUUCGUGACCACAGGGUUGACUUCUUCCAGUCUCUACAGGAGAGUGAACUGAAGACGGCGCCCUCUGCUGUCUCACAUAUGUCCCGUGAACAAAGGACUGUGGUUUUCCAGUAUUGGUUGAGUAACGUAGAGAAGCUGCUUAGUUCUUAUCCGUCAAACCAAGUGCUUUCAGCGAUGCAGUUCUUAGCCUCCGGACAACAAAGGGAGUUGGAGGAGAAGAUGGCCUCUCUGGACGUCACUCAGGAUGUGUCGGCUCUUCGGUACAUUAAUCUGACGUUCCGCUAUGAAAGCAACCAACUGCUAGACAUCUCGAGGGCAGAGGAAGAAGAGUUACCCCCUGUUAAGCAUUUACUGCAGGAUGCGUGGGAUGGAGUUGGGAACGGUUACACAGAGUUGACCCAGACUCGCCUGAGGAUCCAGAAGCUGCAGACCCAACUCCAGGUCCACCAGGGAGAGGCUGAGCAGGAGGUGUCUGUUCUGGGGGAUGAGCUCCGCGUCCAAUCCCCUGCACUUUCAGUGUUUCAGCUUGAACUCAAAUGUGAGAUGCAAACAGCGGCCACGGACUACAUCAGAGACCGCUGUCUGCAGUAUGAUCAGCAAGCAAGGAGUCGGCAGGAGGCUCUUCGAAACCUCCGGAACCAGUGGCAGAGCAUCUUGGACUUCAGGAGACUUGUGGAUGCCAGGCAGGAGGGGAUCAGAGGUCUCAUUAAGGGGAACUCCACAACUAAGGCUGAUCUGAUCCGUCUGCACAAAGAGUUGGGGAAAUUUGUUCAAGACGAGCUGAUGCCUCAGUUUGUUGAGGUUAUCACUGCAGCCAGCAAGCUACGAAACUGCAUUUCCCAGGAGGCCAGGCAGUUUGGAGGUGUUUCACUUUCUGCUCUGGACCGAAGGACUGUUGAAGAAGUCGAAAGGAUCCCUGCAUCAUGUUUGUCCAUCUAUCGUUUGCAGUCUCCUUCCUUCCACAGCUUGUGCCAGAGCUUGUCAUUUCCCCUCUUCAGGGCUCCAGAGGAGUUGUGCGCUCUGGCGCGCUCCCAAGACUUUGAGCUGCGAUUUCUGCGCCAACUGUUGCGCCACCACAACACUAGUUUGCACAAAGUACAGAAACAAGUGGAGCUGUUGCACGCGCCUGACCAGAAAGCCCUGCUGGCUAAAGUCACAGAAGAAGAUCAGAAGCUUUUGAAGACUAUGGUGCCAAGGUCCAGAGAGCUGGCCCAUCGUUGCACCAAGGGCUUGUCCUACUGCAACCAGGUCAAACUGGACAUCAAUCACUGGUGGGAUCAGCCAGCAAAGAAUGUCCUUCCUCAACUUCAGAAAGGUGAACUGACUCUUCAGCAGUGGCUUCAGAGGUGGAAAAUAGCAGCAGAAACCACAUAGCGUUUACCAAACCCAAGUUUGGAGAGCUACGUCUCCUGAUUACCGAAUGGCUGCUUGGAAGAGCCGAUGGAUGUCAUAUGACGACAUGAAGACUUUGUUUCGCGAAAUUCACAAUUCAGGACCGAAUUAUUAACCAUCGUUUUUCACCGCAAUAAACGUUUUAAUCUUC